AUGCUGCUUUGUGUUAACGCGUUCCCCGAGAUCCGAUCGCUUAUCCUCGGCGCAGUCCAUGCGGGUGCUGUUGACGGCAACAACCCUUACGGCUGGCAUCGACACAUCGUCGAUGAAGUUCUGAGACUGUAUGACACCUCGUUCUGGGGUCUUCGAGAUCUGGUCAGAGACCAUGUCGAGAAAAAGAGGGACAUCUUGACCGCAAACAAGUUUCGGGUGCUGAAUGAAGUGGCAAGGCAUCUGACUCAUUUGGAAGAAACGCUCGAGGUUGCCAUUACCACUCUUGAGAGCAUGCAAUCAGUGCAGGAUAUCCUGCGAGAUGACAUUUCCAGACUCGACCUGGAAAACGAAGUGCAUCGUCUGCUUCGUGAGAAUGCAUUAGACCUCUUCCAUGCGUGCAACGCAGCCAAAGCCUCAGCCGCGCGUGCAAGGUCUCUCAGCACUCGUCUCGGCAACGAAACAAACCUUGCUUUCAACCUCGUCACGCAAAGUGAUAGUCGUAGCAUGAAACUGAUUUCCAUCGUCACACUUGUAUUCUUACCCGCAUCCUACGUCGCAUGUGGGUUUGACAGCUCUCACGGUGACCUGGUGGGUUUUGUGGCAGCGUUUGGAGGGACGCCUAUCACCGAGACCACCGAGCAAAUCAUGGACAUCGCAUCAGUCAUUGAGGAAGCAAUCGAUGGUCGCAAGUACUUUUGCUGUGCUGUGACUGGACGGUUAAGCCAGACGUCCAAAUUGGCCAUGGCUGAGAUGGCGACCGAAACGCUCAACUUUCUUAACGCGGCCUUGUCCUGCUUCGAGCGCAUCCAGAUCGCGCGCUCGUUCGAGCAAAACUUCGACACACAUCAAAUCAAGCUGGACAUCAUCCAGCUGCGUCUCUCGCGCUGGGGCGAGGCUGCAGGCAUCUAUGCCACCCAACACGGUGCAGAAAAGGCGACGCUAGCCGUCACCGAUUGUGCAGAGGCGAACUCAUUGCUCCAGGAGAUCGGAGAUCUUUUCACGCAGGCGAGAGAGAACGCAGAGAAGCUGCGACCCAAGGACACGAGCACGCCGCAGGGGAGCCUGGAUCCAAACAGAGACAUGAGACCACUGAUGAAGACGCUGCGGACGAAGCUGCGGAAGUCUCUGUCGCGGCGGUGCGCGCGGCUGACGAACGCCGUGCAUAGCGUCCAGUGGGCCUUUUACAAGAAGGAGCAGUACGAGGAGUUCGUCAGCGACAUCUCCGGGCUCGUGGACCAGCUGGAGAUGCUGUUUCCACAGGAGGAGUCGACCACGGCGCGGCUGCGUGAACUCAGCACGAACGACUGCGCAGGCAUCGGUCGAACAUACCUCAAGGCGCUGAAAGAUGUCGUCACCGAGUGUGACCCCUGGCUCGACGUUGCUGUCGACACAGCACUGCGCGACUCCGCCCCUGUUGGAGGCAGUGUCACUUUCACGAACAGAGACACCUUCGGACUGCAGGUGGGCUACCACAACGGGCCUAUGAAGGGUCUCAGCUUCGGUACUGGGAAUACCACGAACAACCAUUUCAAAGCGUGA